AUGGAGGACAAGGCAGAGCCUAAGGUCCUGGAGUUGGGGAUACAGAGACUAGUAAUAAGUAAAGCUGUUGGAGAGAUCUUGACACCAUGGUGGGAGAAUCAAGACCAGGUGAGAGUUGAGAAUAGAGCUGAAAGUCAGAAACUACGGAAGAGAAAUCGGAGGGAUGCUGGAGGUGAGAAUCUUCCUGAAACUCAGGCACGAAGAGGAGAGAAACAGAAACAGUUAAGAUGUAAAAUUGAUGCAGAGACCCAAAUGCCAAUGUGGGAGACCCAGGAUAGGAGUAGGAAUAAGGAUGCUAUAGAGACCCAGUCUUUUGAGAAGAAUAAGAAAGAAGCCAGAGGAGAGGAUGAAGGAGAGACCCAGGCCCAAGGGUUGAGGAAGCAGGGCCAGACUGGAACUGAGAAUGGUGGGGAGACCCAGCUGCCAGGGUGGGGAAAACAAGACCAGAUUAAAGGUGAUACUAGUAUAGAAAUUCAGGCAGAAAAGAGGAAAAGAAAGGGCCAGGUUGGAGGUGAGAAUGCUGUGCAAAUUCAGAUAUCUGGGAGGGAGAACUUGGGGGAAGUGAAAAAAGAGGAUGGCCUAGAGACCCAAGCCCUGGGGUGGGGAAAACAGGAAUGCGUUCAAAGUGAGAAUGUUACAGAGAUCCAGACACCAGGGUGGGAGAUGCAGGAUCAAAACGGAAAUGAGAAAGCUGGGAAGGUCCAAGCAUUUAGGGUAGAGAUCCAGAAACAACUAAGACAUGAACUUCAAGUGGGGUGGGGAAAUCAAGGCCUGAAAACAGGUGAGGAUUCUGGGGAAAGCCAGAUAUCUAGAAGGAAGAACCUCAGGGAGAUAAGAGAGGAGGAUUGGGUGGUGAUCCAGGCACGAUUCUGGGGAGACCAGAAACUAGUAGCAAGUGAAAUUGGCAGAGAAUUCAAGAUACCAUGUUGGGGGAAUCAGGACCAGAUUGGAGGUGAACAUAGAGCAGAAAUUCAGGCACUGGAGAAGAGAGACCAGAGAAAGAACGGAGAUGAAGAUGGUGCAAAUAUCCUGGCGCCCAAGGCAGAGAACCAGAGACAAUUAAGAGGUGUACCUCAUGUAGAGACCCAUCUACCAGGAAGGAGGAAUCAGGAGCGGUUUGUUGAUGAGAAUAGUACAGACAUCCAGGCAACAGGGAAGAGAAACCUGAGAGGCGUUAAAGGUGAACAUGGUAAAGAGACUCAGGAACUUGGGGAAGAAAACCAGCAUCAGUUAAACAGUGAAAUUAAUGGAAGGAUUCUCAUACCGAAGUGGAUAAAUCAGGAACACAUUAGAGGCAAGGAUGGUGCAAAUGCCCAGGCAUCUGAGGCACAGAAUUGGGGAGAAUUAGCAAGUAAAACUGAUAUAGAAACUCAUUCAGCAGAAUGGAAGAAAGAGGAGCAGAUGGGAGGUGAGAAUGGUGCAGAAUUUCAAAUCCAAGAGAAGAGAAACCUGAGAGGGACCACAGGUGAUGAUGAUAAAGAGACCCAGUCUCCUGGGGGAGAUUAUCAGGGAGAGUUAAGAAGUGAAAUCGAUGGAGAGAUCCAGAUACAAGGGCAAGGCAGCCAGAAUAAGGGUGAAGAUGAGGACGCUGCAGAAAUCCAGGAUGUAGGGAGCCAGAGAAAGUGCAGAGCUGAGGAUGCUGGAAGGCUUCGAGUACUAAGGGGAAGAAACAAGGGCCAAGUCAGAGGAAAGGAUGCUGCUAAAGGCAAUCUCCGAGUUGACUGUUCUGUGGGAACAGGCUGUGGCCUCUGCUCCCUGCCCUGA